UGCAGCGGCAGCAACCUCCAUCCGGUCUCUCGGAGCACAUUCAUCCCGAGUUCUCAGGUUCCGGGCUCUAUCACGUCGCAGUCAUAUAAUAUUGAUUAUGGUGGUCACAAUACUGUAACACAUGAUGUGUGUACACCAGCCAUAGGACGUCACAUUACCGGGGGGAAGCGGGCAGACCAUACACCGGCCUCUCUGCGGGAGGACGCAUCAGGAGUCAUUAGAAUGGGCGACAGUCCAUAUCUGCAGUAUGUCAGCCCAUAUGCCUUUGAAGCAAUGCAGAAGGUGGAUGUGGUACGGUUGGCUGCUCUCAGCGAUCCAGAACUGAGACUUCUGCUACCAUGUCUGGUCCGCAUGGCCUUGUGUGCUCCAGCUGACCAGAGCCAAAGCUGGGCUCAGGACAAAAAGCUGCUUCUCCGGCUUCUAUCAGGAGUAGAGGCAGUUAACUCCAUUGUGGCCUUGCUCUCUGUAGAUUUUCACGCAUUAGAACAGGAUGCCAACAAAGAACAGCAGCUAAGACAUAAGCUUGGGGGAGGCACUGGAGAAAGUAUUUUGGUGUCACAGCUUCAGCAUGGCCUGACUUUGGAGUUUGAGCACAGUGAUUCUCCUCGUCGAUUACGACUAGUGCUCAGCGAGCUAUUGGCGAUAAUAAAUAAGGUUGCAGAUUCUAAUGGUGAAUAUUUCUUGAAGUCAUCAGAGCUGUUUGAAAGUCCUGUGCACAUGGAGGAAGCUGCAGAUGUGCUCUGCAUUUUACAAGCUGAACUGCACACACUACUGCCUAUCACAGACAUGGCUGAAGCUCUCCUUCAUGUUCGAAAUGGAGCCUGGUUUCUUUGUUUGCUGGUUGCAAAUGUUCCAGACAGCUUUAAUGAAGUUUGUAGAAGCUUAAUAAAAAACGGAGAACGCCAAGAUGAAGAAAGUGCUGGAGGAAGGCGCAGAACUGAAGCUCUUCGUCAGCUGUGCAAGAUGAACCCUUCUCAGGCCCUUAAAGUUCGAGGCAUGGUGGUAGAAGAGUGUCACCUUCCAGGGCUUGGUGUAGCAUUGACAUUGGAUCAUACAAAAAAUGAGGCUGGGAAUGAUGGUGUGAGCAACAUGGUGUGCUUUGUGAGCGGGCUACUCCUUGGGACCAAUGCAAAAGUUAGGACCUGGUUUGGCACAUUCAUCCGCAAUGGGCAACUGAGAAGACGAGAGAACAGCAGCUCAGUGCUAUGGCAGAUGAGGAAACAGCUCCUCUCAGAGUUAAUGAGCAUUCUUCCGACUGAGAAAAAGCCACAGAUAUCAGAGGGCGGCGAUAUUGAGCAAGGAGGACAUGUAUAUUGUGGACUCAGAGAGGAACAUGUAGUCAAAGCCAGUGCCUUGCUUCGCCUAUAUUGUGCCUUGAUGGGAAUUGCUGGUCUUAAGCCAACAGAUGAAGAAGCUGAGCAAGUGCUUCAGCUCAUGACCAGCCGUCCACCGGCCACUCCUGCUGGGGUGCGAUUUGUGUCCCUUUCUUUCUGUAUGCUACUGGCAUUCUCCACACUAGUAAGUACCCCAGAACAGGAGCAAUUGAUGUUGAUAUGGCUUAGCUGGAUGAUAAAGGAAGAAGCUUAUUUUGAAAGUACAGCCGGUGUGUCUGCCUCAUUUGGAGAAAUGCUGCUCUUAGUUGCCAUGUAUUUCCAUAGCAACCAGCUUAGUGCCAUCAUCGAUUUGGUCUGUUCCACACUGGGAAUGAAGAUUGUCAUUAAACCAAGUUCUCUUAGUAGAAUGAAGACCAUUUUCACUCAGGAGAUAUUUACAGAGCAGGUGGUCACCGCCCAUGCAGUUCGAGUCCCCGUCACGAGCAAUCUGAGUGCGAACAUUACUGGCUUUCUACCUAUUCACUGUAUCUAUCAGCUACUGAGAAGUCGAGCUUUCACCAAGCACAAAGUGUCCAUAAAGGACUGGAUCUACACGCAAAUUUGUGAGACAACUACUCCUCUGCAUCAGCAGUUGAUUCCACUCAUAGACGUGUACAUUAACUCCAUAAUCACUCCUGCGUCAAAGUCCAGUCCAGAAGCAACCAACAAACCGAUUACAGAGCAAGAAAUCUUAAAGGUUUUUCAGGGUCACAUGGAGAAUUCGCGGCAAAACCAACCUAACAAAAUUACUACUCAGUUGCUUUUACUCUAUUACCUUCUGUCUUAUGAAGAAGCUCUUCUGGCUAAUUCAAAAACAUUAGCGGCCAUGCAGAAGAAGCCAAAGUCUUACUCUUCAUUGUUAAUGGAUCAGAUUCCAAUAAAAUACCUUAUUAGACAGGCACAAGGCCUACAACAAGAACUUGGUGGCUUACACUCUGCCCUACUGCGCUUGCUUGCCACCAACUACCCCCACCUCUGCAUUGUGGAUGACUGGAUAUGUGAGGAGGAAAUUACUGGUACAGAUGCUCUCUUAAGAAGGAUGUUGAUGACAAAUUCUGCCAAAAAUCAUUCCCCAAAACAGCUACAGGAUGCAUUUCUACAGCUUCAGAGCAACCAUACGCAAGUGAUGCAAAUUCUAGAGCACUUGACUCUUCUAAGUGCCAGUGAUCUGAUCCCGUAUGCAGAAGUUCUCACUGCCAAUAUGAACCAGCUCUUGAAUGCUGGUGUUCCGCGCAGGAUACUGCAGACUGUCAGCAAGCUUUGGAUGACCUUGAACACUGUAAUGCCAAGAAGGCUGUGGGUGAUGACUGUAAAUGCAUUACAACCUUCACUAAAAUUGGCUCGGAGUCAUAAGUACUCUCAGAAUGAUCUCAUGAUUGACCCUUUAAUUGUCUUGCGCUGUGAUGCCCGAGUACUGAGAUGCCCACCUCUAAUGGAUAUCACAUUACACAUGCUGAAUGGCUACCUUUUAGCAUCCAAAGCUUACCUGAACUCUUAUCUUAAGGAAACUGCAGACCAAGAUAUUAAAUCUUCUCCCAGUAAUGCAAUGGCAACUCUAACAGGUCAGACAGAAACUAUGGAGGUUACUAGAGAAGAGCUAAAAAAUGCUCUGCUUUCAGCCCAGGAUAGUGCUGCAGUGCAGAUCUUGCUGGAGGUCUGCCUUCCAUCAGAGGACAAAAAUCAGGAGCAGCUGGAAGAAGACAGUCUGCUGUGCAAUCUACGAGAAGUACAGUGUCUCAUAUGCUGUCUCCUGCAUCAGAUGUUUAUAGCGGACCCAAACAUUGCAAAACUUGUUCAUUUUCAGGGUUACCCUUGUCAACUUCUGCCUCUGACAGUUGCAGGAAUCCCAUCAAUGCACAUCUGUCUUGAUUUUAUUCCUGAACUUCUCGCACAGCCAGAAGUGGAGAAACAGAUAUUUGCAAUCCAACUUCUUUCACACCUAUGUAUUCAGUAUGCAUUACCCAAAUCUCUCAGUAUGGCUCGUCUUGCUGUAAAUGUAAUGGGGACACUUCUCACAGUGUUAACUCAAGCCAAGCGUUUUGUAUUUUUCAUGCCAACAUUGCCUUGUUUGGUGCCAUUCUGCCAAGCAUUUCCACCGCUAUAUGAAGAUAUCAUGUCACUGCUCAUACAGAUUGGGCAGGUCUGUGCAUCAAAUGUGGCUACACAAACCAGAGAUGUUGACCCAAUUAUUACGCGUUUGCAGCAGCUUAAAGAGAAACCAAAGGAACUCUCAGGUGCAUUAAACCUUUUCCCACUUGCGGCUUCUGCAACAAAGGAUUUGGAGAGUUUGGAUCCGGAUGUCCAGCUUUGUCAUCAAGUUGAAAAUACCAUCAUUGACAUAAUUAACAUGAGUGUCACAGGAGUGUAAAGACUUGCUCAUUAGGAUUUAUUAGUCCAUCACUGGUUUAGAUUUGACAGUGAAGAAACAGAUGGGCACAGAAGACUGAGUGAUAGCAGUAUUGUCCACUCCACAUACAUGUGUCCUUGGAUACUCAGAUACUGCGAAUAACAAUAUGUGGAGGUUUAUGUGCAAGAAGAAAAAAUCCUGCUAUUUAGAUUUCAUUAAGCAUAUAUUGCUUCUACAUUGAUAUGUGGUAUUGUCCAUUGCUUUUAUAACUCAGCUUGUUUGUAAUAUCAACUUCAGGCUCCUAGCCAUGGAGCAGAACUGGUAGGACCCUAGAAUUUGCUCCUGAAUGCUUGCUAAGAGUAGAUUCACAUCACCAUUUCGUUUUCUGUUCUUGUGAUCCAUUAGAAGAACA